ACCGUUUAAUUCUACAAUUGCAUACUUGAUUUGGUUUCUUAUUUUUACAAUCUCCGCCGCAAAGCUCUGUCCGGAACAAAAAAUCUUUACAAUUUUGAUGGGAGUAAGGUUUUCUGUUUCCCUGUUUGUCUUAACCUCGUCAGUAUUUCUGAAAUUUUCCAAUAUGUUCCGCCUGUAAACCCAAUCUGUUGAAGGUUUCUGGGGAAACAAACGACCAAAUCUUAAAAGGAACAGAAACAGAAACGUUUGAACAAUGCUUCUGCGAAGUGCUUCCACUCCGAUCCUAAAGUACCCACAAUCGCUGACCGGGUUCGAUGGUGCCGGUAGCCUCUUUCUAAAUCGACCCGUUUCCAUGACGGCCUCGCCGAUCAAGAAAAUCGAAAGAACGGCAUCCGACGGUAACCUGAAGCUGCUCAUCAUACCCGGAAGGAAGAAUUUCUGUACGAGUCCUAUGGGGUCUCCGGUUGGGAUUAAAGAAGAUGGGAUGGGGGUGUUUGCGACCACAAAGGAACCAACCUCCGGUGGCGGCGGGGAUGUUGGCAGCGGGGGGUUUAGUACGGGCGGAGAUGGGUGUGGAGAUUGGGGACGAGUCAAGGACAGUCUGGAGGAAUAUUACCAGAUGAUGAUAGAAACGUAUCCCAGAGACUGCGUCCUCCUUGCCAAUUAUGCUAAAUACUUGAAAGAGGUUCAAGGUGAUCUUUUAAAGGCUGAGGAGUACUGCGAGAGAGCAAUUCUGGUGAAUGGAAAUGGGGAUAGUUUGUCAUUGUAUGCAGAAUUGAUAUGGAGUAAUCAUAAGGAUGCUGCUCGAGCUAAAGCUUAUUUCGAGCAAGCUACAAAAGCUUCCCCCAAUGACUGUCAUGUGCAUGCGGCUUUCGCUAGGUUUUUGUGGGAUGCCGAGCAUGCUUGGAUUCAAAGAAAAUUUCGGGCAGCAAAUGCAAUUUGUCAAAAUGAAACUUGUCUUUGAACCAAAUCUUGUGCCCCGUAGUGUGUAACAGUGCUAUUUUGAGAACUAAAAUAAUUUUAUUCAU